AUGGCGUUUAUGAGUGGCCUCUGGAAUUCAAUCGUUGGUGGCAACGAGAAAGAGAUAAAUUGGAACGAAUUCUCUACAUUAUACUUAGACAGUCGUCUCAAAUACUUCUCUGUGUCUGAAAUUGAUAAAGAAGCAUCGCCUAUAGUUUAUGCUGAAGCGCAUAAGAUAACCUUUAAUAAAACAGGACUAGGUCUAAGUUACACGCCGUUGAACUUCGUCACGAUAUUCCACAUCGAUACAAGAAAAGCGGAGAUCAGAAUGCCGAGCGGACACGUGGACCAGCCGGUGAUAGAGGACAACCGAGAUGGUACCGUCAGCAUAAAGUAUGACCCGCGUGAGGAGGGCGUCCAUGAACUCUACGUGAAAUACAACGGGGAACAUGUACAAGGUUCCCCAUACAAGUUCCACGUGGAUUCCAUCUCGUCUGGAUACGUGACGGCGUACGGGCCGGGUCUGGUGAGCGGUGUCAGUGGUGAGCCCAGCCAGUUCACCAUCAGCACCAAGGGAGCCGGUUCCGGAGGACUGUCUAUGGCCGUAGAGGGGCCGAGCAAAGCUGAGAUCACUUGUCAUGACAACAAGGACGGUACUGUAGCUGUGUCGUACUUGCCCACUGCACCCGGAGAAUACAAGGUCUCUGUGAGGUUUGGUGAUAAGCACAUCAAGGGAUCUCCCUUCACUGCUAAGGUGACAGGUGAGGGUCGUAAGAGGAAUCAGAUCUCAGUGGGCAGCUGCAGCGAGGUGACGUUGCCUGGCAAGAUCAGUGACAAUGACAUCCGCAGCCUUAACGCUUCCAUACAGGCUCCAUCCGGUUUAGAAGAGCCUUGCUUCCUCAAGCGUCUACCAUCAGGCAACAUUGGUAUCAGCUUCACACCGCGUGAGGCAGGUCAGCAUGUCGUCUCUGUGAAGAAGUUGGGUGUGCAUAUUCAGAACUCUCCCUUUAACAUCACUGUGCUGGAUCAGGAAGUUGGUGAUGCUAAGAAAGUUAAGGUGUCAGGCACAGCGCUGAAGGAAGGCAAGACUCACAGUGAGAACACAUUCACUGUGGAUACGAGGAACGCGGGAUAUGGCGGUCUCUCUCUGUCUAUUGAAGGUCCCAGCAAAGCUGAGAUUCAGUGCGCGGACAGCAAGGAUGGUGUGCUCGCCAUCAGCUACAAGCCCACAGAGCCGGGAUACUACAUCGUCAACCUCAAGUUUGCUGACCAUCAUGUUGAGGGUUCACCUUUCACUGUUAAGGUGGGCGGAGAGGGCAGCAACAGACAGCGCGAGAAGAUACAGCGACAGCGAGACCCCGCGCCCCUCACUGAGGUCGGCACUAACUGCAAACUUACGUUCAAGAUGCCCGGUAUAACGUCAUUUGACCUUGCGGCGACUGUGACGAGUCCGGGCGGCGUGUCGGAGGACGCGGAGAUCCAGGAGGUGGAGGACGGCCUCUACUCUGUACACUUCGUGCCCAAGGAGCUGGGCGUCCACACUGUCUCCGUCAAGUACAGGGAGAUACAUAUUCCUGGUUCCCCGUUCCAGUUUACUGUCGGUCCUCUUCGUGACUCCGGAGCUCAUUUAGUGAAAGCUGGCGGCGCUGGACUGGAGCGAGGCGAGGCUGGCCGCUUCAACGAGUUCAAUGUAUGGACGCGCGAGGCCGGCGCUGGACAGCUGGCUAUCUCACUGGAAGGACCGAGCAAAGCUGAGAUUGAUUUCAAAGAUAGGAAAGACGGAUCCUGCGAUGUGUCAUACAAGGUCGAUGAACCUGGUGAAUACCGCAUCGGAUUGAAGUUCAAUGAGCAACACAUCCCAGAUUCGCCGUUUAAGGUGUACAUCUCUCCAGCGGUGGGAGACGCGCAUCUUCUAGAAGUGGCUCAGUUCCCGGAUUCAGCGCAAGUCGACAAGCCAACUCAGUUCUAUAUCAGAUUGAACGGGGCUAAAGGCAGUCUUGAUGGACGGGUAAUCUCUCCAUCUGGCAAGACUGAUGAUUGCUUCAUCCAGAACAUCGAUGGGGACCAGUACUCUAUCAGGUUCAUGCCACGAGAGAACGGAGUACACAAUAUCAACGUCAAGUUCAAUGGCGUCCAUAUUCCUGCAUCCCCGCUCAGGAUUAAGGUUGGAAAGGACGAUGCAGAUCCAGCAGCGGUCCAUGCACAUGGUCCCGGUCUAGGAGCUGUUAAAACUGGAGCGAAGACGGAUCUUAUAAUCGACACGUGCAAUGCUGGUAUGGGUAUCCUCGCUGUCACAAUGGACGGCCCCUCCAGAGUCGCCAUGGACUGUACUGAUGUUGAAGAAGGAUACAAGGUACGCUACACUCCUCUGUCCCCCGGCUUCUACUACAUGAGCAUCAAAUACAACGGACACCACAUCGUCGGCUCGCCCUUCAAGAUUGAAGCCACGGGUGAGAACUUAGCAGAGAUCGGUGCUCAGGAGACGUCCUCAGUGACAGUGGAGACAGUCCAGAAAGUAUCGAAAUCAGCUCAGAAGCAGGGCCCCGUGUUGCCACACUUCAAGUCUGAUGCCACCAAAGUGACCAGCAAGGGCAUGGGCCUGAAGAAAGCAUAUCUUAACAAACAUAAUCAGUUCACUGUGCACGCCGGGGAUGCCGGUAACAACAUCCUGUAUGUGGGUAUCUACGGGCCGAAGGGUCCGUGUGACGAGGUGCAGCUGAAGCACAAAGGCAAGAACAACUACGAGUGCUGGUACGUGGUGCGCGACAGGGGAGAGUACAUCGUCAUCGUCAAGUGGGGGGACGAGCACAUCCCCGGCUCACCAUACAAAGUUGAAGUCUAAACUGUCACCUCUAACAGAUAGCGUGCGUAAUUAUUUUUUUUUAAUUUUCAGAUUUAAAAAAAAAAAAUUGAGUCGGAACAGGU